CUUCAGUCUCGCACAGGUGUAGCGGCUCCUCCCCUUCAGUCUCGCACAGGUGUAGCGGCUCCUCCCCUUCAGUCUCGCACAGGUGUAGCGGCUCCUCCCCUUCAGUCUCGCACAGGUGUAGCGGCUCCUCCCCUUCAGUCUCGCACAGGUGUAGCGGCUCCUCCCCUUCAGUCUCGCACAGGCGUAGCGGCUCCUCCCCUUCAGUCUCGCACAGGCGUGCCUGCUCCUCCACUUCAGUCUCGCACAGGUGUACCUGCAUCAUCUAGCCUUUUCUCCCCAGCCUGUCUCUGGCCCCGCCCCUUUCAUUCAGUAGUGCCCACCUCAUAUCCUGGCUGGAGGAUAUCCAGCAUCAUCCAGCCCCACCCCCAACACACACACACCCCC